AUGGCGCCCUUCCAGUUGACUCUUUCUCUACUCCUCGUCGUGCUAACAACGUCUGGCAAUGCUGCAAGCACCACCUGGGAAACGCAUCCUUCUCACCCAACUUUGCCAGGAACCGUUCCCAACUGCAACAAAUGGUACACUGCGAAGAAGGGCGAUGACUGUUCCACUGUGCAGCGUGAAUGUGGUAUCUCGGCCGAUGACUUUUUUCGUUGGAACCCGUCGGUCUCCAAGGACUGUAAGGAGAACUUUUGGGCAGAUACAUCGUACUGUGUUGGAGUAGGGCCAGCUAUCACCACCGGGACAACAACCACAAAGGUCCCACCCUCGACGACGACUCCUACACAGAGUACAGAGACUACACCCAUCAGCUCUAGUCCGAGCAGCAACGGGACCUCCUCAGACUCUGCUCCUUCCAGCUCCCCCACGACCAAGGAAACCUAUACGUUUAAUCACCCCAUUACCACCUGGACUCCACCUUCGCCUACGCGAGAGACAGCAUGGCCCCCGACCAAAACCCAGCCAGGCCAGCCCACAUCGUGCACCAGAUGGCAUGAGGUGAUGGUCGGGGACACCUGUGAUACCAUUACCAGCCGCUACAGCUCGUGGAUCACGAAGGAAGACCUACCGUCUGGCUACACGUUGACCUAUCCAAAUAAUUCAACCCCGGUGGUCAUUCCCACCCCUACACCGUACACGCCCCCGCCUCCAGUGUGCCCUAAUACCACCGAGACUGAGCUCAUGCCCUCGCCAACCCAGCCAGGAAUGCCCUCCAAGUGUCAAAUAUACUACCAUGCGACCACUGGGGACUCCUGCUCCAAGAUACUAUCGCAAUAUAACAUGCCCGAGAAACUCCUCCAUGAAUGGAAUCCGGCUCUUGGCCCAGACUGCAAGGGCCUACUGCCUAACUACUACUACUGUCUCCUUCCCGACGGGUUCAGGCCCAUGCCGCUCACUGUCACCACCGCCCCUGCGCCGACUCAAACCGGGAUCGCCAGCAACUGCAAGGCUUGGUACCGGAGGAACCAGUCCGAGACGUGUUCCGACAUCGUGCUCGCUUUCGGUGCCUUCUCGGAGGAGGACUUCAAGGCCUGGAAUCCUGCCGUGGGCCAGCAAUGUACCGGACUGAUCGAUGGCAACUGGUACUGUGUCGCCGUGCCUGGCACUCCCACCACACGCACUGCGUCGGUGCCAGCCUUCCCAACAAGCGUCCCGCGCCAGCCAAACGUGAUCAAGAACUGCAUGUCGUGGUGGCAUGUAUCUCAUGAGGAUGACUGCUACGACGUCGCCCGAAAGAACGGCAUCACCGUCGACGAGUUCCUCGCGUGGAACCCAGACGUGCGUGCCGGGCAAUACGACUGCAAGGUCCUGCCGGUCGACUACGAGGUCUGCGUGGGCGUGCGACCCAAGCCACCCAUCCGCGGAUGCACGCCAACGGCUGGCACGAACACCACCGCCCCGGUCAAUACGACGGCAGCAUAUCCGACGACCAGGAAGUCCUGGUCCAGGACGUCCUGGCACAAGACGCUGACCACGACCACCGUUGUGACGAAAUGCGUGGAUGCGUCGUCGUCCACCUGCGCCACGGCAACGGUGACCACCACGAGGGUUGUGACUCUGUCUCCUCCCCCUACGGCCGCGCCGCCUCCUACUGGUACCACCACCACAUUCGUGACCUCCCCGACGAACUCGUCCUCCGGGAUCUCGUCUCCAGGGGCCUCCUCAACUCUGCCUCCGUCAUCGAGCUGUGCUUCUUCUUCCUCCAACAGUUCCACGACGCCCGUCGUGCCGCCAACUACAGGCCCAGGAGAAAGUAGUAGUUCCAGACCGACCACACGAUCAACUCAGAGCCAAGAUCCCCACAGUUCCGUGACCGGGCCUCCGCCACCUGCGGCGUCCUCGACCAUCACGAUGACUACGACUAUCACGACACAGUGCUCCACUACUACGUCCACGGCGGAUACGAGCUCACCGGACGAUACUACGCUUGUGACGGCCACGGUGACCACGUCCUGCUCGACUACUUCUGCUUCGAUUACUUCUGCCUCGUCUUCUUCUGUGUUGGCUUCUUCUGCCUCGAGUACUUCUGUCUCGAGUACAAGUGAGCCAGACUACACUGAAAUCGAGACGACAACACUGACGACUCGAUGCACGACUACCUCGCAGAGUCAGACCGCAAGUGAGCCUUCGAUGACCAUUAUGCAAGGAUGA